AUGGAACCAGAGCUGACAGUCAACAAGACCAAUGUGUUUAAUUACAUCCAUCCCUGCUACGUAUUAGAUAAUGCAACUUAUAUAUUUACAAGUAAUCCUUCAAUUGUAUGCGUUGCUUUGUAUGUUUUUCUCGGCUUAUUGUCUGUUUGCACAAUAUGCGGAAACCUUCUUGUGAUAAUCGCUGUCAUUUACUUCAGACAGCUCCACAGCCCGACUAACUACCUCAUUCUGUCUUUAGCUGUGGCCGAUCUGCUUGUGGGGAUUCUAGUUUUCCCUUUCAGUAUGGCGUUCACUGUGUUCUCCUGUUGGUAUCAUGAAGGCCUGUUUUACAGAUACUAUGCAGUGUGCCAGCCUCUGACUUACAGAAGUAAAAUAAACCACCAUGUUAUUGGCAUCAUGAUCCUGGCAAGCUGGGGUGUUUCUGCACUAAUAGGAAUUGGUAUCACAAUUGCAGGAUUUAAUCAAGGAAAAUGUGAAGAAAGCUGUUUAAUGGAUGCUUUGAUAUCAACCACCCUGGGGUGCAUAUUUUCCUUCAUUAUCCCCAUCAUUGUUAUGCUUAGUAUCUACUUAAGAAUAUUUCUUGUCGCACAGAGACAAGUACGGAUCAUCCAGACUACAACAUGUCAGAGUACAAAGUCAGGAACUGUCAGUAAAAUGGAGAGAAAAGCUACCAAAACUCUGGCUAUAGUUAUGGGAGUUUUUAUUCUAUGUUGGACACCUUACUUCAUUUACAUCAUUUUUCAGCCUUUGACCUUUGGUGUAACUCCGAUUGCUGUGAUCGAAACACUAAACUGGCUUACGCUUUCUAAUUCAAUGCUUAAUCCUUUCAUCUAUGCUUUCUUUUACAGCUGGUUCAGAACAGCUUUUAGACUGAUCAUCACCGGAAAGAUAUUUCAUGGUGAUUUUACCAACACAAAACUGCUUUGA